GUUUAUCUCGCAACUCCCCUUUGUCAUGUUACAACCCUGUGCUAAAGACUACAUCUUUCAUAGAUCUGGCAGUUAACAAGGUGUUCCAUGUUCUACUUCAGAACAAGACGAAGAUGGCUCGAGUACGCACCCAAGAAGUGUCCGCCGUUGGCCGUGGUGUCCCGCGAGGACUGGCACGCCAAGCGUCCCGCAGACAAAGACAAGCUGAAGCCACCAGUGAUGUUCGUCCUGCUCAACCUGGACACUGGCACCAGGUCCUGCACAAACCUCAAGGACUGCUGCAGACUGAUCAAGUCACUACAGCACGACCACGUCCACGACUACGGCUACUCCGACAUAAGAUACAACUUCCUUAUAUCAGAGGACGGGACUAUUUUUGAGGGAAGAGGGUGGAUGUAUACCCCAGAGCAACCUCUGUUUGAAUACAAUCAGUAUGAGGAAAUAGCACUUAACAUAGCAUACAUUGGAAACUACACAGAGUGCGACCCCACCCCAGAAAUGCUGCAGUCUAAGAGGAACCUCCUACAGUUUGGAGUCAACAACAUGUAUCUUCAUCACAGAUACGAAGUGGUCGAGGUGCCUGACAACGUGUAGAUAUAAAUACUUUAUAAAUAAUACUUUGUAAAUGUUAAAUAUGGUGUUCUUGUAUU